AUGUACGCAGAGUUCCGGGGGUUUCACACUAAAGACAAGUACGGACCAGAACAGAGCAGCAACUACAUCAAGUCAUUGGCUAAACUGGCUUUUAAGCAGCUGCUAAAGGGAAACUUGAUCUUCUAUGAGGAAGAUGUGAAAGAGAGCGGCAUCGAUGUCAGAGGAGCCUCAGUGUGUUCAGGAGUGUUCACAGAGAUCUUUAAACAGGAGCGAGGGAGGAAAACCAAGGACAAGAUGUUCAGCUUUGUUCAUCUGAGCCUUCAGGAGUUUCUGGCUGCUGUUCACAUGUUGCUCUGUUACACCAACGGGAAGAUGGAGGAACUGGAGAACUUCCUGAAAGAAUCCAAACACAACAAAUCAAUUCUUAAAAAAGUAAAAGUGGUGUUUGGAAAUAAAAGAGCUGAGCUUCAUUCUGAAGUUUUCUCAUCUCUGGAUGUUGUCCUGAGUAGAACCAUGUUUAAAUCCCUUCUCAGUCCAAAUGGCCACAUGGACCUGUUUGUUCGCUUCCUUCAUGGCCUCUGUCUGGAGUCCAACCAGAGAAUCUUAGGAGGUUUGUUGGGUCACACAAAGAACAGUCCAGAAACCAUCCAGACAAUCAUCAACAACCUGAAGUGGAUCAACAGUGAUAGAAUCUCUCCAGACAGAAGCAUCAACAUCUUCCACUGUCUGAUGGAGAUGAACGACCACUCAGUCCAUCAGCAGAUCCAAGAGUUCCUGAAGUCAAAAAACAGUUUAGAGAAGGAACUCUCCUUGAUCCAGUGCUCAGCUUUGGCCUACAUGCUGCAGAUGUCAGAGGAGGUUCUGGAUGAGUUGGACUUGAGGAAGUACAACGCAUCACUGGAGGGACGACAGAGACUGAUUCCAGCUGUGAGGAACUGCAGAAAGGCUCAACUUUCUUGGUGUGGACUCACAAAGACUCACUGUGAAGUUGUGGCCUCAGCUCUGAAGUCCGACCCGUCACAUCUGACACAUCUGGACCUGAGCUUCAACAACCUGCAGGACUCAGUGAAGGUUCUGUGUGCUGGACUGGAGAGUCCUCACUGUCGACUGGAGACUCUGAGACUGAGUGGCUGCAGGUUGUCAGAGAUCAGCUGUGAUUCUCUGGUCUCAGCUCUGAAGUCCAACCCGUCACAUCUGACACAACUGGACCUGAGUAGAAACAACCUUCAGGAUUCAGGAGUGAAGCGUCUGUGUGGUUUUCUGGAGAGACGUUACUGUCGACUGGAGACUCUGAGAUUGAAUCGCUGCAGUUUGUCAGAGAUCAGCUGUGAUUCUCUGGUCUCAGCUCUGAAGUCCAACCCGUCACAUCUGACACAACUGGACCUGAGCUACAACAAGCUGCAGGAUUCAGGAGUGAAGCGUCUGUGUGGUUUUCUGGAGAGUCGUCACUGUCGACUGGAGACUCUGAGAUUGAUUGGCUGCAGUUUGUCAGAGAUCAGCUGUGAUUCUCUGGUCUCAGCUCUGAAGUCCAACCCGUCACAUUUAAUACAACUGGACCUGAGAGAGAACAACCUGCAGGAUUCAUCAGUGAAGGCUCUUCGUGACCUGGUGCAGAGUCCAGACUGUGGACUGCAGACUCUGAGCUGGAGAUGAUCCAGAUGUAGAAGCAGCAGCAGUGUGUGUGUGGAGGUUCUGACUGGUCCAUGUUACUGGGAGCAGAGCUUCAUCCACAACUGACUGACGGUGGAACCAGAACCAGUAGACACGACUCUCAGUGUGAACUGAUCUGAGACCAGCUGCUCUGUGUCCAGUCCAUCAGGAUCAUGGGGGAAAUAAAGUGUGUGGUGCAGUAGUUAGAUAUCGGGGACAGUGUUGGCUGUAAUUCUUAUUGUUAAAAAAAAACCUCAUGUAUUUUUAUGUAUAAUUUACUACCUCAUUUGAAUGUUUGUAUAAACAGUGUUUUCACACAUUUAUGCUCUAGUGUUGUAAUAAGUAGACGUUCUGGUCACAGACAGAUUGUUUAUAAAGCAUCUUUCCUGUAUAA